AUGCAUCGAUGCUUGGUUUGGGUCGGUCGCAAACUUCGACCAACCCAGGAGAAGCUGCAGGCGGCUUUGGUCGAUCAGCUCGCGGGCGCGGCCUUCUCGUACCUCCGCCUGGUCACGGCCACGGCCCCCGUGCUGUGGCUGGCGCUCGACCGAGCUGCAGUCGAUGGCCAGCUCUCGCUACACAAGGCGUCUGCUACGCUGGUCCGUUUCGUCUCCUGGUGGCUGACAGUUCUUCCCUGCAUUGCCAACCUCCUGUUGCGCUUGAGCUACAAGUUGCGAGCACGCUGUGGGAGAUUCAGUUUGGAGAUCCUUUUUUCCUUGGGAUUUGUAGCCCUGGCUGCAUUCCUGGCCAGUGCCUUCCUUGUCUUUGAGGAGUAUGUCGUCUGGCAGCUCUUGCCCAACGAGCUUCUUGCAAGCUUGAGCUUUCUUGGCUUGACGGGCGCUGUGAAUUUCUGCCUCUGGCGCCUCUGGGUAAGUGCCGAACCUGUCAGCCUCUUCUUGCCCUCGCGGCAGUUUCUGAUUCUCAUCCUGUACUGGAACUUCCUGCGCCAGCGAUAUCAGGCGCCGAGAUCACAUCCAGCCCAUCUCAAGGCGUGGCAGCAGCUGGGCGCCAAGGCAGCCCCACUGCUGCAGGCCUUUCGGCUCCAUCCUUUCGUCUUCGCCGACGCCGGAAUGUCGGCCAAUGCGGGGAUGGCCAUGUCCGUCCGUAAGAUGUCGGGUGAGGAGGUGGUGUCCCUUGAUGCCGCGGAGUUGGCUGCACUGGCCGCUGGCUUUGGCGACUCUGUCCUGGGAUUGAAGAGGUAUCUUCACCAGCGCCUGGGCGUCCCACGCUUCCGACAGCAACUCACCGCACAUGACGAGCCGCAGCCUCUGAGUGACGAGCAGAAGCUCACCUCCUUCAAGACCAAGGCUGAGUUGCUGGUGGUGAUCCUCCCCUGGUCUGCAGCGUCGCCGGAGGAGAACGAGCAAUUGCGUGCUGCGUGCCUCGAGGGCGCUGCCGAAGAACUGGAGGCGUUGUUGCAGAGGCCUUUGGACCCGGACUUCCUGGUCGAUCGCACAGGGCGCGCGCCUCUGUGGAUUGCGUGCGCGCGAGGGCACGUGGACAACGCGCGCCUGCUGCUGGACGCUGCAGCCAAUGUGAACAGGACGGACCGGAAGGGCAUGUCCCCGCUGUGGAUUGCAUCCUACUGGGGUCACAGCAGCGUAGUGCAGCUCCUGUUGGAGGCGACGUGUGAAGUUGACAAGGCUGACAACCGCGGCGACUCGAGCCCCUUGUUUGUGGCCUCAAGAAACUGCUGCGAAGGCGUCGUGAAGUUGCUGGUCCAAGCUGCCGCGGACCUCAACAGGUGCAACAUCGAUCGCCAGUCCCCGGUGUGGAUCGCUUCAGGAGCUGGCCACCCUCCAGUUCUGCGGCUGUUGCUACAGGCUCAAGCCGACCUCAGCGCCUCCGACCGUGGCGGGCGGUCGCCGCUCUGGAUUGCCAUGGCCAACAGCCACAUGGAGCCACAGCUCAUGGACGUCCUCAAAGCGGAGCCUGAUUCCACCGAAAGCAUCCGCACGACCGUCGUUCGCAUGCUGCUGGAGGCAAGGGCGCGGAUAGACUCCGACGACGCAGGGGAGUCCGUCCUGAGCGUUGGAGCCAGGCUCGGAAACGCCCACAUCAUGCAGCUCCUCGUGGACGCCAGCGCUCCCGGCGGCGAUGCUGGUGCCAGCUGCUUCUCACAGCCAGCCUGGAAGGCAUCCGCGGAAGGCCACGACGACAUCGUGCAGAUGCUGCUGAAGGCGGGUGCAGACAAGAACUGGGCCAACAGCUCGGGGGAGACCCUGCUCUGGAGCGCCGUGAAGAAAGGCUACACGCGAGUGGCGCAGGUGCUCCUGCACGCAGGCUGCUGCACGUGGCUUCGUGAGCAUCGUGAGGCUGCUUCUUGA